UCGACCCUCCUCGUUUCCCUCGUCCCUCCCGAACCGCUGCCUGGCGCCUGCGCGUUUUCCUGUUCCAUCCACUAUUUCUCACCUCCCUCACCUCUCUCCAAGGAUCUCCCGGCCAUUGCCGCACCUAACCAGAGCCGGCGCCUAACUAGCCCACCUCUCCCUGAAAGUGUGGCCGGAGCUGGCGCAGGCCUACCGUAGAUCCGGCGGCCUUGAGCUCCACCGUCACCAACAGCGGCGACAACCGUACGGAGGCCAGACGGGAUCUGGUGGCCUGAGAAUGGUGAGAACCAGCAGCAGUGUUCAGCCAUCAGAUCCGGUGGAAGCUCAUCUUGGGGCGGAAGCAGAGAUAGCCACGCUGACUUGGUCGGUUCCUCUCUUGCAAGUUGCAACUCCGCUCACACGGGAGCCCACCUCGAGUUUGACUAGAGCCAGAGGUGUUGGACUGCGCAAGGUCCGCACCCCCGCAUCAACAACCUGGACAUCCAUCUCCGGCGUCAUCGGCGAGCUGCAGCCGGACCACCAGAAUUCUGUCUUCCUCUAUAAUGAGCUAGAUGAUGUCAAAUGCACGAUUGCCAAUGGUGGCCUCAUCGGUGGUGCCAUCUUGCGAGAGGGAAGCAACAUUGGAGGCAGUCCGAACCGUGAGAAUGAUUACGAUGCUAAUGAGAACAUGGAUGAUAUCUACGGCACGAGGAGAUGGUACAUAUAGCGAUAAACGUUUUGACCCAUAUAGUGAUGAUGGUGACGAGUCGAAUGAGCUGCAUAGUCAUGCAACAAAGUGAAAUUCUGAAAUUUACGAAAAUUUAGGUUAUAUAAACUGUUCGGACCAUUGUAUGGAGUAUUUUGUUUGGCAUUACGAUCUAUGUAUUCUGGAUGAAAGACAUUAGGCUUUUGAUGAUAUAUGCGUAUGCACUUGGUCACAAGUCUUGGUAAAUAUAAUACAUGUUAUUUGGUCAUGUGU